AUAGAUCUUUGGCAUUUCGCCGCCCCCGCCCUAAUCUAAAUGUUUGCCAAUCCGUACAUAAAAUCAGUUCUCUGGCUACUCUCGUUGGGUGGCGCUGGCUAUGGCCUCAUGCUGCUGACAGAGCCUAGUCAGGAGAAAAUAGAACGCAUCAAAGCAUCAGUACCGGGUGCAUCUCUCACUGCUGACCAAGAGAAGAAGGCGUUAUUUAUGAAAAAGCUGCAGGAGGCGGCCACAACCAGUACACCAAUUUACAGGCAAGCGCCCAAUAAAAAAGAUGAUUAGGGUCAUGCUUUAUAUACCUACAUGUUUGUUUAAAAAUAAUGUCACACAAUCUAUAAUAAAACACGGCUUGUUAAAAAGCUGCA